AUGAUAUUUCGCACAAAUGAAACUUUUAUCUAUCUAUCUAUCUAUCUAUCUAUCUAUCUAUCUAUCUAUCUCUUUCUGCUCAUGUCUAUCUAUCUAUCUAUCUAUCUAUCUAUCUAUCUAUCUCUGCUCAUAUCUAUCUAUACAUUCUCCUCAUAUCUAUGUAUCUAUCUAUCUAUCUAUCUAUCUAUCUCUUUCUGCUCAUAUCUAUCUAUCUAUCUAUCUAUCUAUCUAUCUUUUUCUGCUCAUAUCUAUCUAUCUAUCUAUCUAUCUAUCUAUACAUUCUCCUCAUAUCUAUCUAUCUAUCUAUCUCUUUCUGCUCAUGUCUAUCUAUCUAUCUAUCUAUCUAUCUAUCUAUCUACCUCUGCUCAUAUGUAUCUAUCUAUCUAUCUAUACAUUCUCCUCAUAUCUAUCUAUCUAUCUAUCUAUGUCUUUCUGCUCAUAUCUAUCUAUCUAUCUAUCUAUCUAUCUAUCUCUUUCUGCUCAUAUCUAUCUAUCUAUCUAUCUAUCUAUCUAUCUAUCUUACUCGGCUCAUAUUACAAUGGUAAAUGA